GUCCGCUCCCGCUCCGUCUUCUGCUUCGGGUAGCGAAACAUGUAGGCUCUCUCUUUUUUUUAACAUAUAUAUUCACAUAAAAAUCAGCUGCUGCAAAGCCCGGCGGCGUUUCUGCAGGAGAGAAGGAGCGAGAUAAAGAAAGAAAGAAGAGGAGCUGUGCAGAAAAUGGACACCGGGUUGUGAUGUUUACUGGGGUGCGGUGGGAGACGCACGCAUAGACAGCGACUGCUGAGUAGUUUGAGGGAUGAAUAUUGGAAGAGAGAGUCGGCCAAGUGAAAAUCUUUCAUCCGCAUUGGCUUAGACACACACAUGCCAUCAGUGGGGCCAAAGCCUGCAGCUGCUCUCCAUGUGACGACAAGGGAUCAAUAAUAAUAAUAAUAAUAAUAAUAAUAAUAAUAAUAAUAAUGUUCAAGUAUCGGAUCCGCAUGUUUUUUAAUGAACUGAAGGUCCUGGUGUUUAUGCGAUCCGAUUCACGUCAGUCCGGCUCAGACACCGAUCGACGCUCCGCCGCCGCCAUGCGCGGUCUGGGGAUGGGCGGCUGCGGCUGGCCGCCCUUCGUCGACUGCCGUUCCCGGGACGACGAGGAGGAGUACUACGGCAGCGACCCGAGGCCCCGGAGCCUGGCGUUCGAGGACAAGGAGCCCAAGCUGGCAGUGGGCCUGGACGCCGUGUCCCUCACCAGCACGGCCAGCAGCCUGCGGACCCCCCAGUGCCGGAUCUGCUUCCAGGGCCCCGAGCAGGGGGAGCUUCUGAGUCCGUGCCGCUGUGACGGCUCUGUGCGCUGCACCCAUCAGCCUUGCCUCAUCCGAUGGAUAAGCGAGAGGGGCUCCUGGAGCUGCGAGCUCUGCUACUUCAAGUACCAGGUCCUGGCCAUCAGCACCAAGAACCCGCUGCAGUGGCAGGCCAUCUCCCUGACAGUGAUUGAGAAGGUGCAGAUUGCAGCGAUAAUCCUGGGCUCCCUGUUCCUCAUCGCCAGCAUUUCCUGGCUCAUCUGGUCCUCGCUCAGCCCUUCUGCCAAGUGGCAACGUCAGGACCUGCUCUUCCAGAUCUGCUACGGCAUGUACGGCUUCAUGGAUAUCGUCUGCAUAGGCCUCAUCAUCCACGAGGGAUCGUCGGUGUAUCGAAUAUUUAAACGAUGGCAGGCCGUCAAUCAGCAGUGGAAAGUACUGAACUAUGAGAAAUCAAAAGACCUGGGCGACCCGGUGAGCUCGAGCAGUAAGAGCGGCGCCCGCGGCGCCCGCGGCAACCCUCACGGCCUGGCCAGCAGCGGCGGCGGGCGACAGAGCAGGAGGCUAAGGACUAUUCUGAACCACCACUGCGGCUACACCAUCCUGCACAUCCUGAGCCAACUCAGGCCCAACGACCCGCGGAUCAGCGCCGCCGCCAACCGGGAGGUGGUGAUGAGGGUCACCACCGUAUGAGGCGGACCCGAGACGGGCAGAACCGCCUCUUUGUCUGGUGCGAAGCAGCAGAAGGACACAUGGACCUAAAAUGAUAAAAAAAAAAAAGGACUCAUGUAGGCAACAGGAGCCCCGCGUGGGGCGGAGUGAUGCCUGGAGCAUCAAUAGACUGAAAACACACGAGGAUUUCUCCUCUUGUUUCGUACAAAAUAAAGGAAGCCAGAUGCUCCUUUUGAAUAAUUAAAGAACUGAUGAAAAUGAGGAUGAACAAGUAUUGAAAUACAUCAAACAUGAAAUGUAAGGCGGUGGGUGGGUGGGUGGGGAUGAGGGGGGGGGGCAUUGUGAACAGGCUUUAUGACCUGAAACAAAACAACAAAAUGUUUUUCCAACUCAGUAUCAGGAUGCGCAGGAACAUUUUGUUUUUGCUAUUUUUUUUCUCCUCCUGGUUUAUUUUUUAUCUCUUCUUCUUUUCGUUUUCUUUUUACUCACUUUGAUUUUGUACUGACGUGUGAUUUUUUUUUUUUAGAAGAAACCGUGUACGGUAACUUCACUACAUGCCAAACAUCUCGAGACCUCUAUGUAACGGAGCUUAAAGUUUCUACAAGCCAACUGAUGCUGGUAAAUAGACCGAAAGCUGAGAAUUUAAAAAAAAAAAAAAACAACCAUGAGGGCAAAAAUAACUUUCAGAGAACAAUAAAUCAUUGGUUAAAAAAAGAAAAAAAAAAGAAGAAAAAAAAAGGUGAGAAAUAUCUCAGUUAUACUUAACCGUUCUGCAAUAAAGAUACGUAUGUACAUUUCACAGGGAAUUUUGCAUGGGUAUAUAAUUUUAUUCAUCACAUAACAUAAGCACAUGACAAAUUUGCUCUACUUCGAAUGGUGCUUGCCAGAAUAAACACUUUAAAAACAUCCGUUUUCAUUGCACCACCUUUUUGUCAGAAUGACGGUGUGUUACAGCUAUUUCAGCUAGAAUGCAGGUUGCUGCUGCUGUGUGCCGAAUCGGAUUUGAUAAUAAGUUAACUAUUGGAUUAAAAAUUGGGGUCAGAU